CAGAGUGCAGUGGUGUCGUAUAUAUCGUGUUCCACCUAAAACACCGCUAGUCGCUAGUCAGUUGUUGUUUGAUGUGAUGGUUGUCGGUGCCCGCGUGUGUGCAUGAUAACUUGCCGGCCGCCCUGCGAAAACCACGAAUAAAUGGGAAAGAAAGGGAAGAAGACUCGAUGGAGGCGGUUACCGAUUGGAGGCACAGACGAGGAGAGUGGGCUGACACUGGAUGCGCCCACACCAUCCUCCGACCAGCACCGUCACCGCGUCACAUUCAACGAGGACGAGUACACGAAGAUAACGACGCCGAGACAGGAUGUGCUGUUCAAGAAAGGCUACUUGGGCCGUAAACGAACUCCUCCCAACCCCUCGCCUUGCGAGACCCAAGAAGUCCAUAGUGGAGAUUCUGUUGAGACCGAGUCGUAUGUGAGUGAAGAAGCUCAGUACGCAUACCCUGCCCCAGCAGGCUACCUGGACCCCAAUGGUGUCUACUAUGUCAAUGGUAACACAUUUGAGACCUACGACCCCUACACUGGCACAGUGACGGUCGUUGUAGGUCCCCCUGCGCCGUACCCUGGAGCUCCCCCUGUCCUGGCCGCCUUACCGUGCCAACCGGUUCCCCUACAGCCAGUAGAGUGGUUCAACCCUGCUGCUGCCGCGCCAUGGUGCUACUCCUAUAACCGGCGCAAGCGGUACUCCACUGAUUCCCAGAACUGCAGUGCCCAGAGCUCGGAGUCUACAGGACCUCCAGGCAGUCCCCAGGAGCCUGUAGAUGAGGCAGCAGCUGCCAUGUAUCCUCCACCAGGUCAUCACUAUGUCUACCCUGGAUACAUGUUCGGUCCUCCUAUAUACAACAUGAAUGGUAUGACAGUCCAAGGCAUGAUGCCUCAAGCUGCUCCAAUGCCUCAGGACAUGACGACUGGAGUGAGCAAGAGGCGGAAGAAACGAAGGAGAAGGAGGCGAGGAGGGGUAACAGAUGAUGGGUCAGAGAGCAGCUGUUGUGAGGAGCCGAUGACUUGUGACAUGACAGGCUGCCAGUCCGAGACCAGCCAAUCAGGUGCAAGCAGUGAUGCAGGCGUCGGACCAAACUCUGACUCAGGCAUCAACACCAACAGUGGGUCAAACUCUCCCCCCCUAGAACACCAACAACACCAACACCUAUACUCACCACUGAGUGGUCAAAGUGUGGACGACUGUGAGGCAGCGACACCGACACUGGACGCCGAGGUCCCAGUAGUGGAGGAACUGUCAGCAGCAGACGACGAUGUCACUCCCAACCUCUGUGCUGCUGCACCAGAGUUCUCAUCACAAGAGUCUACCUUAAGUUGCCUAUCAUCUCCAAGUGCUGCUAAAGAUCUGUUACUGAGUGAGCAGGAAGUUCCAAAUGAUGCAACUGAGGAGGAGAUGCUCAGCAGCCAACCAAUCAGCUUGUUGCAAGAAGUUACAGUGAUAGAAGAGAUUAAGGAUGAUGUUGAAGUUUCUCCAUGUCUAGGCAAUGAAGAAAAUAUGAUUCCCCUACUUAUUGAACCAGUACCUGUAAGUCCAAUUGAUGAUCUCACUGAGCAAGUUGAAAAGAGUAUUAGAGAUUAUGAGGAAGCGUUAUGUGAAAUGCAGACAGAUUCAGAACCAAUAAUGUCUAGUAAGACAUUUGAAAUUGAGGUAUUUGACAACGAGUCUGAGUUGGAAAAUCCUGUUGAACACGUUUUUGUGAAGCCAAGAUCUAUUAGUGGAGAAGAGGCUGACUCAGGAAGUGAUGGGGUGCCCGAAGUAGAUGAAGAAGUUGCUCAAGAGGUUUAUAUUGAAACUACUGCUCAAGAGAAAGAUCUGAAUAUUGUUACUUUCAAUGAACAAGAGUACGAAGAGCCAAUUUUUGAAGAGGAAAGUGUGAAAGAGUUUGUGAUCAGUUUUGUUUUCCAGCAGGCGAAAUUUAGUACAGUUGAUACAGAAACAGCCCAGAACGAAGAAAACUGCCAUGAAAGAGCAGUAACUGAAGACGGUGAAAAGGUCAAAGGAGUUCUUGGAGGGAUUAACUUCAAUAAUACCUAUGAGACUUUGGAUGCAACAAUUGCAGUAGUUAAUGAUUCGCUCAUGAGAUUAUCCUCAAAUUGUGAUUCGUUAGCUCCAGUACCACCUCCAAGGAGAAAGAAAUCCUUAUGUCGUGCAGCAGACAAGACUGCCACAAGAGUUGUGGAGGAAGCCAUCAAAGAAGGCCAAGAGGAAGCGGCUCGGGUCAGACUGAAAAAUACAUUGACAUUAACAGAGGCAGUGACACGGUGGCUCAACAGUCACGAGAGUUCUCCGCUGACUUGCCCGGCGUCAGAAGAUGAGUCGGACAGUGACGAAGGAAUCGAGGUCGAGGAGGAGGAAUUGACCGGUCAAAAAAACGUGCGAGGCAACCCUUUCCCUGUGUCAUCUCAUAGUGAUGCGGGGCAAAGGGUUGCUAACGAUUUCGACAGCCUGUCGAGUGCAGGAGAGUGGGACUUGUGGGACCACAGCCACACACGUGACAUGUGCGACCCUGCACGCUCGGUAGACAAGUACUACCGCCUCGGCGGGGACGAGGGCGUUCCUUCCGUAUACAAGACUGCAAUGCACAUCCGUCACACAGGACCAUUUCCUUGUGGCGUGUGUUGUAUUAUCCAAUGAACUGGUUGAUUUUAUACCUUGCUUUCUGAUUCCUUUGUUUCUUAUUUAUCUUGUAAUUAAUCGAUCUAGUUUUACGAAUCUGAUGUUGGUUGAUGUUUUAAAAACGUAACAGAACAAAACAUAACAAGACUGAAUCUUUGUGCCAAUUCUGUUCUGUUUCAUUGAAGGUCUUGUUUUCAUUGUUUGAGUGCGGCCUUGUUUACCAUCGGUUUUAAUAUCUGUUUGUAUUGAGAUUCAAAUUGGUUUUCAUAAAAUUGGUUUUUCGUACGGUUAUGGAGAAGUAAGUCUGACACUUUAAAAAUGUAAUAUCUAUUUUGAUUGGAAGAUUAAAUGGUUAACUGUAUUAAAUAUUUGUAACCAAAAUACAGGGCAAUAAUUCAUGGAUAUUUUUAAAGCUUAACUUUUUCUCGUGUUACCUGUCAAUCAAAAUUGUAUUAAAAUGGAGUUUACCUUAAGAGGUACACAACAAUUUAUAAAGCCUCCUACCGAUGCUUACUCUAACCUAUUUUGGCCACUGUUAUGAAUGGUGCUUUGGAGGAGUGAGUUAAUGAUGAUUGCUGGGAUAUUGUACAACUUGGUCUCUUUGACUUUAACAUCUGUUAAAAUUUCAAUAUGUUGUGCCUUUUCCUUAGACGUAUUUACAUGUUAAGACAAUUGGUUAAACAUUUGUAAAUUUCUAUUAUGUUUGAGAAAGCUGCCAGCAAACGGUUUUGUUAAUUCAUAUUUAGUUAAAAUAUAGACAAAUUUUGAUUUAGAGAAACAACCUAAGAUAUUCAAACAAACAUCACUGAGUGAAAAAUCGUAAUUGCACUAUUGACAUAUAAAUUCAGACUAAGUCGUUAGGCUUAGAAUACCUUACAAGCUCAUUUCCAAAUAUGAAAAGACAUUGCUUGUGGGACUUGUUGAUCAAGCUAAAGCUAGAAGACAUUUAACUUAAACUAAACUUUAAGCCUCUUUAUGUGCAAUGUUGAAAAUAAGAAGUUCCCUUUGUUUGGUUGGAGAACUGUAAGACAACAGUCUCUUUACUUUUAAUAAUAUGUAGGUAAUAUUUUUUGUUAAUGUAUAUCAUUUUUUGUGUGUAAUUGAUCAUAUUAAAAUUGUUUAGUUAUGUUGUUGAAGAAAUUUGCAUUUUUUUGGCUUUUGCUGUAUUACUGUUGUCAGUCUAAAUAUUGUGUUUCAGUUUAAUUGUUUUGCUUUACUUUGAAACAUGUAGGUGAGUUCUUUGUAUAAAUUAAAGGCUAAAGAAUUCACAACUAUUUGCUUUGCAAGAAGUCACCAUGUAAGGAACUUACUGUAGGGAAAUACCGCUUGUUAUAGAGUGAAUUGAAGAAAAUAUAAAUGAACUCUUACAAAUCAAAGGCCUUAGGCAGCUUAAAAGAAUAUUGAGUAGACAACUACAUAUUGUAUUAUUUGUUUUGUUAUGUAAAUAAUUAGUUUAGCCAAGCAAUUUUAUUGUACUCUAACAGUUAUUUAAGUAAGAAGUAUGUUGAUUGUUUUGUUUUAUCAAAUGAAAGGGCGUGAGUGGCUCUAGUACGCAUUGUAUGGUUCGCCUUCAAUACUGUUACUGUUAUAAACUAUACGAUUGCUGUUAACAGUCGGAUAACUAAUGAAAUGUUACCUUGCAUUGUUAUCAGUUAUAUAAGCAUUUAUCUGUAAGCCACAAAUAAAAUAAUUUUGUUUUUCAAUA